AUGGUUCAAACGAAUUCAGCUAUGUUAAUUUCCUUCUUGAUUGCUACUGUUUUGGCAUUCCCACAAGUCAUUCUUGCCUCAUCAUCAUAUGAACUCCCAAAAUUCACUUCUUCGUCCAAAUAUUUUGGUCAAUCUGAUCCAGAUAUCGAUGUAUCCAAAGUAAACGUCAGUCAUAAUUUUGGUUUGAUAGACAAGUAUUCUUGGAAAAAUGUUAUUGAUAGUUUAUCAGAUAAUGAGAAAUUGUUCUAUAUUCAACGACAUGGUGAAGGAUGGCAUAAUAUUGCUCCGCAAAAUUUUUCUACUGUUGAUUGGGAUUGCUAUUGGCAAUUACAACCAGGUCGCGAUGGAGUCGUUUGGGAGGAUGCUGAAUUAACUCCAAAUGGUGUACAACAAAUUAAAAACUUAUCCCACCAGAUCCAAACCACUAAAGAUUUACCUUGGCCAGAAAAAUAUUUUACUAGUCCCUUAAGAAGAACUUUACAAACUUGGGAACUCACUUGGAAAGAUUUGAAACAUGAGACUCCUCUUAUCAAAGAGUUGGCUAGAGAAACUUAUGGUAUUCAAACAGAAAGUAAACGUCACAAUAAAACUUACAUUCAUGCCAAUUGGCCAAUUUUCGAAUUUGAAAAUGGGUUCACUGAGGAUGAUGAAUUAUGGAAACCUAAUAAACGUGAAACCGGUCAACAUCGUAAAUAUAGAGCAGCUGCGUUAUUAACUGAAAUCUUCAAGGAAACUUCAACUGAUGAUAAGGUGAUUAGUUUGGUGUCUCAUUCAGGAUUAAUUGGUUCUAUCUUGGAGGUUGUUGGUCAUCGUGAUUAUCCUAUUGCUACAGGCAGUUUAAUCCCUGUGAUUAUUCAUAAAAAGAAAAAGAAGACUACAACAUAUGAUUUAGAUAAACCAGAUAAAACUUAUGCUGAUGUUUGUCCUAAUCCACCAGCCCUGAUUUCAGGUGCUCCUAGUCAUUACAGUACUAUUGCUGAGUAA